AUGGCGUCGUCCGCUACAGAUUUCGUGAUCGUCUGGGAAUGGAUGAAUGAAUAUGGGCGCUGGAAACCUUACAUGCCACAUGUUACACAAUAUAUUGAAUCAAACAGAUCACAGACUGCUAGUCUGAAUCUCAGUGUCAUCGAUGGGAUGCUCAAUAUGUAUUCCAUUGAUUUUAUUGCCAUGUGCCAAAUUCGUCUCGGCACUGGAACCCCACGUCCUGUACGUCGGAUGUUGUACCCCCCUGACUCACCGUGGGGGAGGGGUUCGCUGUGGCAAUGGGAAGGUGAUACAGCAGGCGAAUGGCAUACCUAUGAUGCAGACGUUGCCAGGGUGAUUGACGACUUUUUUCUACAGACAGGACAAGGAUCAACCAUACUGGACCUCACCCAUUCUUCUCUGAAUCUACCUUAUCAAAUCAAUUUUAGCAAUAUGACACAGCAAAGAAUAGGUACGGGGAGACAGAGAAAUAUACGUCGUGAAAAACUUACAAUACCCUAUCCUCGAAUGUCUCAAGGAUCUACUGGUCAGAUGUUAAGUGGCCCUCCGAUGGCAUUGGCCAAUAAUACGAUGGGACCAGCUUCUAUGAAUCUUGUAGGCGGGUCCAGUUCAAAUUCAGCUAAACAGCCAAGACUUGCUCCUGGAUAUCAACAUGCAAGUGCUGCAUCUCACCUCCACAUGCCUACCUCAGUCGGUGCUACAAACCUGUCCCAGGCUUAUAUUCACGGUACUACUGGGCUUUCAAGUAUACCUACCACGACUGUUUCCGUGUCUUUACCCGGAGGCUUAAACCUUGUAUCCACGGCAGCAUCAUCUCCGAUUCAUUUCUCAGGACCGCUGACACGGAAGAGAUUACAUUCUAGUAUUGUGAAUAAUAACACACCCAGUAUGCCGAUAUCAUCCAUGCACCCUUCACACUUAGGAGGACAAAACGUCAAUCAACCUAUGGUUCCUGGAAGUGGGGGAAGCUCGGCUCAUAUGAUCUCGUCCCUUGGGCCUCUCUCCCUAUCCCAACUCCCACCCACGUCUUUCUCCAGUCCAAACAUGUGGAUGCCCAAUGUGAUAAAUCUCCACCCCCAGGGAUAUCCAGGAAUGUAUCCUGGGAUGUCUGGUCCAUCAUCUAGCCAGACCACACCAACCUACUCUGGAGGAUUGCCAAUUCCAGGGAACUUAUUUAACAAGUCUCGAAGUGGCAGCCGUAUCAGCCCGGUCGUGUCAAGUGCCACCAGUAUCUUAGCGUCACCUGCAGUUCCUCUCCUGUUAUCGUCCAAUGGGAGUUCAGGUGUUGCCACACCCCUCAAUGGAUCAUCCGAUCUUCCCUUAGAGGGACGUAUACCCAACAAUGUUCCCAAAGCCUCCAAAAAACAGAAUGCUACAGACAAGUCUGGACUGGAGGUGUUAGAGAAAUAUGUUACAGUCAUUGACACCCCGCCAGAGGAGGAGGAUUGCUGUAUCUGUUGUGAAAAGCUGACACAUCCGUCGGGAUACGGGGAAGAACAGAAGGAGGCUACCGUUGUGUUUCAGCUCAGCAAGUGUACUCAUAUGUUCCACAAACUGUGUAUCAACGCUAUGUAUGAGAGUGGAGCCAAGCAGAAUGGCUGUGUGCAGUGCCCAACUUGUAAGACAAUAUACGGUGAAAAGCAUGGGAAUUGUCCCCGGGGUGUGAUGGAGUACCAUCGUAUCCCCCAGUCCCUACCCAGCUACUCGGACUGUCAUAGUAUCAGGAUCCUCUAUCACAUUCCCCCAGGGGUACAGGGACCCGAUAAUCCUCACCCUGGAAAACGCUACUCCACUCGUGGAUUCCCAAGAGUUGGUUUCCUUCCGGACAAUGAAAAGGGGCGCAAGGUAUUGAAGCUCCUGAUGCUGGCUUGGAAAAGACGACUGACAUUCACGAUCGGUACAUCUACCACCACAGGGGAAGGUGACACUGUUACUUGGAAUGAAAUCCAUCAUAAAACAGAAUUCGGAACGAACUAUUCUGGGCAUGGAUACCCUGAUCCAAACUAUCUGGAAAAUGUCCUCAUGGAAUUAGCUGUGCAUGGCGUGACUGAAAGGGAUUUGUGAUUGAUUGCAAGAAUGAAGAUAUACAGGAAGAAAGAAUAUCACUUGAAAGAAAGGAGGGAACAAAAACAAAAACAAUGAUGUUAAUGAUGGUGAAAAAUAGAUAAAAGAGCCUCAAAAUGGUCAAGUUCCCACAGAAGUGACAGAAAGAAAGAAGUAAAGAUUCAGGUUGACCUUGAAUACUGCUUGAAAGCUGUGAAUGUAUGAAAGCCAAAAAUCUGCAAUGGUUACAUUAGGGCUGGUACUUACUUAACUAAAGGGAACAUUUUAUUUUUCCAGAAUUAAGGUAAAGAGUACUACUGCCUCGGGUUUAAUCCUGAAGAAGAGUUCCACUCGGUGUUUAUUUUGUCUUGGGAGUAUUCUCCCUUCUCAAUAGAAGAUCAAAUUACAAAAAGGAGUUUUUCUGUCUGAAAGUCAUUUCCCGUAUCAAGUUUUCCAAAGGCUUUGGGGCCCAAAAAUUGGACACUCAGUAUGUGUAAAAUGUCGUACCGAAAUGACUUGAUUCUUGAUACUUGGUCAUAGAUGUGCGAGAUUCUUUAAGCCCCCUCGUCUCGAUUUAAGAACUGGCCCACUGCGGCGUAUCCAGACUGCUUCCUUUAUCUGCCACUUGAACAAAGCAUAGCUGAAUCGAGUCAUUUCGGUACAUAUAUAACAAGUAUUGUACAUACGCUUACAGCAUAUCCGAAUCUACAUAGUUUUUGUGGACAACUCAUACACAUUUUACACCUUUGUGUGCAUACGCUUCAUUGGUCAGUUGUCUGAUGAAGGUGACAGUGUACAUAUCGUACUAGUCAUCGAAACGUCACAUUGACAAUUUUAUUGUUUGUGUAAAAAGAACUUUUCAUAAUGUCAAAGUUUUUAUUAGUGUCUCAAUUAAUACAAUAAUCUUUUUAUACCAUUAUUGAAUUUGAGAAUUUCUGGAAUUUUUUUAUCAAAAGUUAUAAUGUAGGUUUAAGAUGAAUGCAUGUGUUUUGAAUGUACUUUAAGUAAGAUUUUGUUGUGUGUCGCUGUUUAAUUUUAACUACUGUAUGUACCAGCAUGACACCUUAUAUACAUGAAUUUUGUGUCCUUGUGUAGUUUACAUAUGAUUCAAUACAAUUAAUUAACACAUUUAUACAUCUGGUGCUUUCGCUUCAUUUGGAUAUUUACAUUAACUCUUCACUGCAAUAACUUGUUGGUAUUAGGAUGUUAAGGUUGCCUGUCCCACUGCACUAUUGGUUUACCUAUAUACAGUUACCUCCCCUUAACUUCCUUAAGGAUCCCUCUCCCACUGCACUGUUGGUUUACCUAUAUACAGUUACCUCCCCUUAACUUCCGCUGGAAUACAACUGUACCACAGUUUGGUAAGGCCACUUCCAUUGACAAGAUAGCUCGUUUGGUAAGAGCAUGGAAUUAGAUCAGAGGCCCUGCUACCUAAGUCCUUGGUUAGAGUGAUAGUAUAACAAUCUGAAGUCCAGGGUUAAAAACCUGCUGCAGUGCUUGCCCCACUCAAUAUUUACACUCAGAACACUGUUGCUGACUAUAUUUUGUUAGUUCAUCUUUACUUUUUCGCGUUAAAAGUCCCACAAGGAAUGUGUUUUUUUCCAGAAAUGGCAAAUGGCAACGGCAGAAGUGCAGGAAAUGACAGUUUCUAAUACUUAUUUACAGUUUUUGGCAGUGGGACGGGGAUCCUUAAACAGUCUCCAAUACUUAGUUACAGUUUGUAGUAGU